AUGCUCACGUUGCAAUUUUUAAAGGGUGCUGCUAUCCUUCUGUGGAUAUAUUUUCUAUGGAGUCGACGCAGGUUCUACAGAAUGAUGCUGAAGGUGCCUGGACCAAUGGGACUUCCCUUCAUCGGUCUUGCCUCCGAGUACCUUCGUCUCAAACGUAAUAUAGGCUCACGUACAACGUUCUUCGAGAGAUACGGAAAAACGGGAAUGACCUGGAUUGGUAUAACGCCUGUUUUGGUAACCUGCGAACCGAAGAUCGUCGAGGACAUUUUAAUGUCCCCCCAUUGCACCGAUAGGAGCUCUGUCGUAGACAAGGCCAUAUCAUCUUGUGUUGGACCAGGACUUCUAACAUUGAGGGAUCCUCAUUGGCACGAACGACGAAAACUGUUGGGCCCAUCAUUCAAAAUUAAUGCAAUUCUUAGUUUUGUACCCAUUUUAAACAAUGAAUCGAAUUCCUUGUUGACUCUAGAAGGAUUCGUAGGUCAAGGAGAGAAAAACUUGCUGCCGGAACUAAAUAACUGGUCAUUUAAAAUAGCCGCUCAAAUAACUAUGGGAAGUGAUGUGAGGAACCAGGCAAACUACAACAACGGGAAUCUAAUGCAGAACUACAAGUCCCUUAAUGAGCUUAUACCUAUUGGAGUUGUGAUGCCAUGGCUCCGAAACAAGUUCAUUGGAAAACUGAGUGGCUUUGAGAAAACAAGGCUGGAGGCCACAUCACAGGCAAAUGCCUUUAUUAAAGACAUUAUCGACAAAAAGCUGAGCAUCAGCUCAGAAAGCAGCUUGGAACCUGCUAUCGAUCGUAUUCUAUAUCUUGUGAGGAAGGGUGAUCUUUCUUAUGACGACGUUAUGGGCGAAUUUUCUAAUAUAUUUGCCGCAUCUGAUACCUUAUCAAUAACAGUCAACAAUGUGCUGAGCCUUUUGGCAAUGUUCCAGAAUCAGGAUAAAGUAUUUGAGGAGUUAAAAGAAGUAUUCCUGAAUGGAGAAUUCGAAGUAAACCAUGGAGAUGUGGAUAAAUUGGAGUACUUGGAUCAAGUUCUGCGAACGAUGCGCUUGAUACCUGCUGUUCCACUUAUAAGGCAAACAUCCGAGGACAUUUGCCUUUCCAACGGUUUCCACAUUCCCAAGGGCGUGACUCUGAUGAUAGACAUUUUUCACACUCAUCGAAUAAGGAUGUUUGGGGUCCAAUGCUGGGCCUUCAAUCCUGAUAACUUUCUUGCCGAAAAUAAGCGAGAGAGGCAUCCUUAUGGAUACUUACCAUUUUCUAAGGGAAGGAAAACCUGUUUAGGAUAUAAAUUGUCACUGAUAUCUGCAAAAAUGACUCUGGCUAAGAUAUUGCGAAACUAUAAGCUGAGCACAACUUUUUGUUCAAGGACUCAAUUCAUUGACAAUACUACUAUAAAGCUGGCUGAGCAACCAUUAUUAGAAGUUGAGCGGAGGACCUAA